AUGGAGUCUUGGACGUCCUGGAUAGAUCUACCAGAACUGGCCCUCAUCAGAGUGUUCCAGUCACUCGAUUACAUAGACAGAGUCAAAGCUGCUCAUGUUUCUCAGAAAUGGUAUCAAGUUAUGCAUUCACCUGCCCUUUGGAGGAAAUGGACAUUUACGUUUUGUGAAAGACGAACCAGACUUCAAAAAUCUUACACUGAAUCUGCCAUUUGGUGUGCCCAGAAAUUUGGAAAAUAUGUAGAACAUCUAGAAAUCAUAUUCCUGAAUUCCUACAGUACAAAAUUAACAAAAAAAUUUCAAGUGACUUUGAGAACGCUCCUGGCAUGUAUAGGCAAGCAAAACACUGGUUUGAAAUCUUUAACAAUUUCAUACCUGGGAUUUAACUGUGUAGGCUGGCUGUAUAGCAUAAUAAAUCGUGUACUCAGGAGUCUGACCUUUUUUCUUCGUCGAAGAGACAAACAUCUUCAAUAUUUCAGGAUGAGAGAUGCAGGACUUAGAACAGAGCAAGGCUGUGCUAUUUUGGCUUCACUGUGCCACCAGAGAGAGAGUAGUUCUGUCAAAGAACUUGAUAUAAUUGAUUUUUUCGGUCAUCACAUUUCAGUUUAUGCCAACCCCUUAUUUGUCCAGACACUGUCUAAAUUCCAGAAUCUUUCUGUCCUGUCCUUAAACUACUGCUGCAUUUCUGAUGAUGUUUUGAACACCUUGUCUCAGAAAUGUUCCCAGAGUCUUUUGGUCUUGAGAAUAAAAUGCCACAUCUAUGAUGCACAUCAGCAAAUUGUAUCUGGGAUAGCAUGGUCCAACUUAACAAAAAAUGCACCAAACCUGAGUGUGAGAUUUUACUUUGCAAAAAUGGUGAGAUAUGACUGUUUAACUAGGAUUCUAGCUCAUCAGAUUCCUUUAGAAAGCCUUUAUCUUCUAACUGGUAAUUUUAAUGAGCCUAACUGGAAAUUAAAGUCCACCUUGACUGAGCUGAUACCAACCUUCAAAUGCAAACUUCAGAAGCUGACAGUUGUGCUUAACAAUAGAUAUGAACCUUUGGACUCUGAACUGCUGCAUCUGGCUUUAGUCUGCAAAAACCUAUAUUACUUAAAGAUCUGGGCUUACGUUGGCAUCAGGCUUAUUGAGGACCUCCUGCAGCUUAAGCAAGAUGGUGAAAGUAAUCUGAGCAUCCUAAAGGUACGGGAAGAAUUCUGGGCAAGGAUUUACACACACAGUCAGAAUAAAAGUGACGAAGAAAAACUUCUUCAAGAAAUUGUAAGUAAGUACUUGGGUCUCAUAGAUGAGGAAAAGAGUUACUUCCAUAUUGCUGAAACCAUGAUGUAAUCAAUACUAUCUAAUAAACAAAUGUAAAACCA